AUGCCCCAGGCAGAACUUGGAAUUCAGGUGUGCACCUGCAGGCUGAGGGGCUCUGUGAGCAGGUGCUGCUCACACAGGGAGUUCAGGCGCCAGCCAAGCCCCUGUGCUGCUGGGAUAGGCCUGCUUCACUUAGGGAGUGCUGCCUCAAGACAGGUAAAGCCCCCUCGUUUGCCCCCACCCCCAUGGGGCCGCUCAGGAGAGAAACUCCCAUUCACCCCUUUCCCAGGGUGCUCUCUCUCUAGGUGGCAUGCCAGCCCCCAAACACAGGUGGCUUUUGGGCCCAGGUGGGUCAGCCUGCUGCCCCUGCCCCAUACCCCCUCGGGCCAUUGGGACCCCUGCCCUUCAGAUGUCCUAGGGUCUAGGAAUGGGGCCAGUCACUGUGGGAAGAGGCCAGGGGCUUGGCCGGAGAGGCAGCCCAGGGCAGGACCCAGUCCUGAGUCCUGGAGCAGGGCCAGGGAGGCGCCCAUCCCGCCCCGGCCAGCCGCCCUCUCUGCUGUUUCUUCUAUUUGUUCUUCUUUUCACCCACAGCUCUGUGUUCCUGUCAUCCCUCCUUUCAGCAAAAGUCCUGUUCCCGUUCCCUCUGUCCCCACCCACUCCUGUUCCCCCAAGAAAAUAAGCUAUCGUUGUAUUUGCAAUCUAUGGAUUAGAGGUUUAAGUAUUUAUUAUUAUUGGUUAAUUAUUAUUAAUUAUGUAAAUUUGCCUCCCGUCUGUCUGUUGUGUUGGGUUUCUGAGGAGACCCUGGGUGAGGAGGAUGCACUGGCUUCCCGCUUCUCGCCCCCCACCCCUGUGCUGUCCGGGAGACAGUGGUCUGGGGCCACUGGUUGGGCCCCCUUCUCCCUUCCCCUCGUCCCUUCUGCAGGCCGUUGA